GUCGUGGUCGUGGGUUCCGAGCGCAAUCCGGUGCCCGAUUCAACCAUGGCCGCUCCGCGGCGUCCUGCGCUGUUUUGCGUCACUUCCGUCGCGCUGCCGGAAGUUCCUGUGGGAGCGCGUCGGGGGGAGCCGCGAGGAGCGCGCGCGCCGGGCCGCGGGAGAGGUGCCAGUGUCGAUCCCUCUCGGUGUAUGUGUGGUAACAACAUGUCUGUCCCCCUCCUCGCCGACGCUGUCACCGUGUCAGGGGCAGAGCGGGAGACCGCUGCGGUCAUUUUCCUACAUGGCCUUGGAGACACGGGGCACAGCUGGGCCGAUGCUCUCUCCUCCAUCCGCCUCCCCUACGUGAAGUACAUCUGCCCUCACGCGCCCCGGAUCCCCGUGACCCUCAACAUGAAGAUGGUCAUGCCCUCCUGGUUUGACCUGAUGGGCUUGACUCCAGAUGCACCUGAGGAUGAAGCUGGGAUCAAGAAAGCUGCAGAAAACAUUAAAGCAAUCAUUGAGCACGAGAUGAAGAACGGGAUCCCCCCCAACCGCAUCAUCCUGGGGGGCUUCUCACAGGGCGGUGCCUUGUCUCUGUACACGGCUCUCACCUGCCAGCACCAGCUGGCCGGGAUCGUGGCUCUCAGCUGCUGGCUCCCACUGCACAAAGCCUUCCCACAGGCGGCGAACAACGGCGUGAACAAGGACAUUGCCAUCCUGCAGUGCCACGGGGAGAUGGAUCCCAUGAUCCCUGUGCGUUUUGGGGCCCUCACUGCUGAGAAGCUCAAGUCUGUCGUCACCCCCGCCAAGGUGCAGUUCAAAACCUACCCUGGUGUGAUGCACAGUUCCUGUCCUCAGGAGAUGAUGGCCGUGAAGGAAUUCAUCGAGAAGCUGCUGCCCCGGAUCUGAGCGGAGCCCCUCGGGACUGUCGCAGGGGAGGGUGCCGAUGUCACCGCCGCCCGUCUGUCCCUGUGACCCGCCCGCUGCGAACGGAAGCCAUGGCCCCCCCAGCGCACCUCCCGCCACACCCACCCGUGCCCGCGUCCUCGCACCGCGUCCCCUCCGGCCGGGGGUGCCCGGCUCUCCCGCUGCUCCCGGAGCCCACAUGGAGCUGGCUAAGGCGAGUCUGGGAGUGGCCUUUUCUCUCCUGCUCUGGCUCCGAGCGGUUCCCGAGGGAGGGUCUCGGACCCCGCGGGGCUGGCACGGCGCGGGUGAGGUUUUUCUGUUGGGUUUGGGGUUUUUGUACCAGUAUUAGGGGCGGGACGUGGGAGGAGCAGAGCGAGGCUGGGGCACCCCUGGGGCUCUGAGCUCUGCCCUCGGUGGCCGCUCUCGGCUUCCGGCUCAGGUGACUCACGGGUUUUCAGUCAGAGCUCAGGAACCCGGGAUUCCCCUGCGGACACCUCCAGGCCCCGGGGCAGGCUCUGCCCUGGGAUGGCACCGCCAAAGGCUGCCCGGGGCCGGCAGGGAAGGUCAGUGCAGCUCCCGCACCUCCCGCACGGCCCCGCCUGUCAUACACGCACACUCCCCUCAGCCAUCGUCCUGGGGCAGCUCUGCCCUCCUGAGAUAAUCACCUCCUUCCUCCUGCUCCUCCUCCUCUUGUUGCUUUUACAAUCUCCAUCUCCUCCUCUGCACCGCGGGGGUCCCAGAGUCAUCUCCCCCUUCCCAGCCCAACUCUGCACCCUUGGAGCCCCCAAGCUUCGUUUACAUUCACGGAGCCACUGGCCCGUCUUUAAUGUCUUCUCUUGCUGCUACUUGUCCUUCCCUUUGGACUUGGGCUGGCUCGGGGAGGGGGAGGUGAGCUGGGGUCCCUGGAUCCUGGGCUUGGCUCCUGGUGCAGCUGGAAGGAAGGAGCAGCUUUGCUCCCAGCCAUCUUCUCACCAGCAUCUGAGCCCUGGGUGCUGCUGCGCCCCAUCCUCUGCUCUUGGGGGUCUCCCUGCUCCCCCCCCCCCCCCCAUGUACAAUCACCACUGUCCCUCAUCUGUGGCUUGUCCCCUCCCAAGUGCUGGCAUCGUUUUGGGGCCCCGAAUGUCUCCUCUGGGAGGGCUCCUGGCUGACCCUUCCUUCCUACAGGGCCCAGGGCAGUGGCUGUGGAGCAGCCCUGCCCUCACCCCCUUUUCCCCUGGGCUGGGCCCCACCCGGGGCUGAUGGUGGCAUUUAAAACACCCCCACGUUCCCCUGGCCCCAGGGCUGGCCCUGCUUGGCCCCAGGGAGCCUCUGACCAGUGCCCUGGGGCCAGUGAGGUGAGGGCUGCCCUGGGGGCUGCUCCAGGGGGAUCAGCCCCAGCAGUUCUGCUCCAGCCCUGCCCUUCCUGCCCAGGCUGCACAAAGCAAUAACUGGAGAGUGGAGUGUGGGGCCCAUCCUUGGCUGGGGUCUUGGCUUGGGGUUUCAGUUUUUGCCCCUUUUAGGAAGUCUGGAAGCAGCAGAGCUGCUGCUGGCACCGGGGGUAGCCCGGCUCUGUCCCUGCUCUGGGCUCUGCCCUGCGGGCUCUUCUGUGCUGUGUUUAAAUGCUGCUGUGCCUCCGCCCCCCACACUUGGCUGGGGGGCAUGAGAGGGUGGCUGGGGUGGGAUGGCAGCUCCCUAGGGGUACUAAGGGCUGGUGAUGGACAGACUGACCUGUUUGACUGUGAACUGGAACCGUGUGGGAUGGGGGGGGGGGGGGGGCUGGGACCAUCCCUGGGGGCCCCAUGGGGCCCCUCUGCAGAGCAUUCCUGCUCACUCCCUGCCUGAGCAGUGCCGGGAGCCUGGGAGGGAGAACGGCUUCUCUCCAUUCCUCAAUACAGCUUUGGGUUUUUUCUUUUGGUUUUUGGGGUGGUUUUUUAUGUUUUGUUUUUUUGUUUUGUUUUUCUUCUCUUUCUUGUCUUCCUUAUACAUGUUUGGGUUUGUUUUGGUUUUUUCGGUUUUUUUUGUGUGUGUGCGUGUGUUCCACAGAGAAUCAAGGUGA